AUGUACUGCCAGCUGAUUUGUCAGUGUAACGGUUCUUUCAACUCGCAUCUUAUUGGAAUUUACAACAAUGACAAACCCCAGAACGAAAAGAAAGAACUCGGGAAUAUUGUGAUGGUCGUUGGAAGAGAAAGAGUUGACGCACAGAGAAACGCAAACAAACUUGGACGCGUCUCAAAUCCGCGUGCAGUUUGGGCAACGCAAAAGCUUCUGUCAUUAACAUCAUUAGAGCUUAACACAAGUAACUACCAAAGUUUCAGUCUUAUUCCACUAAUUGCGUUUAAUGAACCUGGUUUAAAUACUGUCCAUCAUACAACACCCGUCUCCGCCCACGAUCUUAUUUCACUCAAGUCGGUCCAAAUAAAAGAAAACCUAAUGGAGGCCUUUUUCACGACUUUACAGGAAUUCGCAGCAUCGUUAGUCGUUCAGACACGCGAAUUAAAUACCGCUCUCUCGACUCCCGCGUUGUCUCUCUUGCAUGGACGCCAAGCAGAGUCACUUGGAGAAUUUUCCAAACAAGCGAAAGCCUUACUGGAUGAAGCUCUCGAAGUAGAACGAACACCGAAUAUGAAAUAUCCAAUUGGAGAAUUUUUUAACAUUGCUGAAGAGGGAUAUAGGAAGAUGCAAGAGAACAUUACGAUGCUCGAGGAAACUCUGAAGGAUUUCGGCUACGAAAAAAGACCUUUAGAGGAAGGAGAAGGAGAACGAUUGGCAGCUAAUUGCAAUUGUCCUGAUCCUACAGCAUCUUCCAUCGAUUUGAUUCCCGCAACAGACCAAAAAACGCCUCGUGAAUUGCUUACGCCGCCAAUGAGAAAAGUAUUUGCAGAAGUAAAUUUAAAGAGUCCGACAUUGGAGAGUUUGGGAAUAUCUAAUCAAGCAUUGGCCUUGAUCAGGGAUGAACCGACGCCUAUGCCUGAACACGUACUAGAUUGGAACGAUAUAACAAACUCUCCAAAUCUCUGCGACGUGCGCACACCCACACUUGAGAAAGAUCCUCCUCUUCGAACGUCAUCUCAUUCCACUAAUUCACUUACAGAAAGCGGUGAAUUGCUGAGAAGACAAUUAGUUUAUAAGGAUGGAGAUAAGUCAAAGUUAGAAUAUUUGGAGAUACGAAAAAUAGAUCCAGAAGAGUUUAAAAAGCUGGGAUACUUUUGUCAGCAGACUAGUUUCGAGCGUCUUAAUAAUGUUGUUAUGGAUAUAAACGACAUAAUAAGAGAUAAAAUGAACAAAGCCCGAUACGAUCAUGACACUGUCUGGGAUGAAGUCACAGCGGAAGAACUAGAAACUGACAUUGGAAUUGGCGUGUUAGAAUCUCGUGAAAAAUCAGCAGUUUUGUUGGCCUUGAUGCAAUUAGGAAGAAUCGAAGUACGUGGAUCACCAACACAAGCUAAUAAACGAUAUCGUAUACUGUAA